AUGAAACGUCACGGCGGAGUAUGCGGUCGGCGGCAGAGACAGAAAAGCACAGAGAACGAAUUUGAAAAGUUUGGGAAGAAUGACAGCCCCAAUGCAACAAGUAAGUACCAAUUUGAUCCCAGUGAUGCUCAUUGGGUGGCUGUCAAGAAUAUCCUUAAAUACUUGAUAAGGACUAAGGACUCAUUCUUGAUAUAUGGAGGUCAGGAAGAGUUUGUUGUAAUUGGAUACACCGAUGCUAGCUUCCAAAUAGAUAAGGAUGACUUUAGAUCGCAAUCUGGUUAUAUAUUUUGCUUAAAUGGUGGUGCUAUGAGCUUGAAAAGUUUAAAGCAUGAUACAGUUAUUGAUUCUACAACCGAAGUCGAGUGUAUUGUUGCCUUAAAUGCAACAAAGGAAGUUGUUUGGAUCAAGAAGUUCAUUAUGUACUUGGCAUAG